UUUAAAAAGUAUUGGUUGGAUAGGAAGUUACCUUUCUGUAUGUAUUCUGUUGUAUAGUGUUUACAAGUUUGUAUAACCUUAAAAUCUUCUUUGAGAAACAAAUUACAAUUACAACCAAUUUAUAGUUGACAUACAAAUUUUCAAUAAAAUAAAUAAAUAGUCUUUGCUUUCUGUUUUUGAUUGAUAAUAAUUUAUGUCAUACUGAUCCAAUUUAAGUAAUGUUACUUGUCAACUGUACUCGACCAUAAUAAACCUAUUAAUACCCUGUAAUAAGGAAACUUAUAAGAUUGAAAAUGAAGAUAGCGAUAGAAGGUUGUGCACAUGGGGAAUUGGAUAAAAUCUAUGAGACUAUUGAGAGAGUAGAAGAGUACUUGGGAAGUAAAGUGGAUCUACUAAUUUGUUGUGGUGAUUUUCAAGCAACCAGAAACGUCCAAGACUUGUCAUGUAUGGCUGUGCCAGCUAAAUAUCAACAGAUGUGUUCAUUUUACAAAUAUUACUCUGGAGAGAAAGUGGCUCCAGUUCUGACCUUGUUCAUCGGAGGAAAUCAUGAAGCAUCAAAUCAUCUGCAGGAAUUGCCCUAUGGUGGGUGGGCGGCCCCAAACAUCUACUAUUUGGGUUACGCCUCAGUUGUCAGCAUAGGCGGCAUACGCAUCGGAGGAUUAUCAGGCAUUUAUAAAGGGCAUGAUUACAUGAAAGGACAUUUUGAAAGGCCGCCAUAUUCUGAAGAUACAAAGAGAAGUGUGUAUCACAUUCGAAAUUUAGAAGUUUUUCGCCUCAAGCAGAUGAAGAGUCCAAUUGAUAUUCUACUUUCUCAUGACUGGCCAAGAGGUAUACACAAAUAUGGAAAUGUAGAAGCUCUUUUAAGGAAGAAACCCUUCUUCAAGGAGGAUAUUGGAAACGACUCACUUGGCAGUUUACCUGCUGAGGAGUUGUUGCAUGAACUCAAACCGAAGUACUGGUUCUCUGCUCACUUGCAUACUAAGUUUGCUGCCAUUGUUCGUCAUCAGGCUAACGAUAAUGAGGAGGAAAAAGUAACCAAAUUCCUAUCACUGGAUAAGUGCUUACCUAAGAGAAAAUUUUUACAGGUACUUGAUAUCACGCAUGAUGCUGAGAAAUCAUUAGAACUUGAAUAUGAUUUGGAAUGGCUGACCAUACUAUUUUUGACCAACCACUUAAUGAGUGUUAAGAAAAAUUCGCAAUUCAUGCCAGGCCCAGGCAGUUCUGAGAGGUGGAUAUUUUCACCAACAUCUGAAGAAAUGUCUGAUGUACUCGAAAGAAUGGACAAUAACUUGAAAAUUCCUCUUAAUUUUGUACAAACAGUGCCUGCUUAUUCUUCUGAUGCAAAAAAUAAUUCAUCGCCAAAUACUAGGCAAAGCAUUGUCACAUCCAAUCCGCAAACCGAAGAGUUCUGUAAGAAGCUGGGUUUAUCUGAUCCGUUGGACCUGUUAAACAAGCUGCUUGGUCCACAGGCGAGUCCGAACGUUUCGCUCAACAACUCAGUUCCGUUCUCGCCAUCACAGGCCACUCCGGACAAGAGCGAUGUUUGCGUCAAGAGUGAUCUGUCAUUUAUUGACAGUGAAACGUCUUCGCCGUCUUCGUGCAAUGUCAGCUAUAUCAGUGACAUCGAUUCACCGUUGCCGAAAAAACUGAACCGAUCGGCGCUAUUCCUGCCUCCACCUAAAAAUGAUCUCAGUGACACAUUUGAUGACGAAUUGAGUACGAAGAGCUUCUCUUCACAGAACUCUAAUAUUGAUGUCAGUCAGACGAGUCAAGACAUAGAAGAGAAAUUAGAUGCGAAUACUGAACCAACAACCACUCUUCCAAAGCAAUCAAAGCCAAGAACAUUCAAGAGGAGGAAUGAAGCAAUCUACAGGAGUACAGACGAUGAUAAUAAUUGAGAUCAUUUAUAUUCCAUCUAAAGAAUGUUAGUGAAAAACUACAUCAGCUUUUAUUGCAAUUUCUAUUGGCUUGAAACGGUUUUACUGGAUUGCUUGAUGUUUUUAAUGUUCAUUUUUUUAUAAGAUCUGUGAUGAAGAAUAAUUAAUAGUUAUGUCUGAGCUUGUAUUAUCAAUAUUUUUCAAAUUUUCAAUCAAUUUGAUUCUUAAUUUGACAUAAACUAACAAUUAAUUUAUUAGUUUUAAUUAAUAGACUUAUACAGAAUUUAUGUUAUGAAGAAAUUAGCUCCUUAUCUGAAAUCGGUUAUUAUUUAUUCAAUCACAGUUUUUGCAAAUAAGUUUGUGUUGAAAUUGAUAAUGUAAAAUAUUAUUGAGUAUGUAGUAAAUUGAAAAUACAUUCUGUAAAACCGUUUUGAGAGAUCGUUUUACAGAUUCAUUCUGCAAAAAUAUAAAAGCAGUCGAAAAUUUUUAGUAUCACAGUAUUGUUUAAAUGUAAAUAUGUCUUAUUUUAUUUAAAUUAAAAAUGAAAAAAUAGUUAUAAUAACAUGCAUCUGUAAUAAUAAGAGAAGCUCAAACAUUUGUCAAUCGUGUAAUAUUAGUUUUUAGAAAUGACAUUAGAUUCUAUUAUUUAAUAAGAUACAGUUUACUUGAUAACAGAAGAUGUAAGAUGAAAUAUAUUUUUGUCAAUAAUAAUUUUCUUGAAAGUUAGAAUUCUUGCCAUAAUGUUUAAAAUAUGUGCUCUCUUCCAAAAUACUUUGUACUUAAGAGUCUGUAGACUAGACCGUCAGAUACACUCAUUAUAAUGUCAACGUAACUAAUUGGAUUGAUCAAAUCUGGCUAUGAUACAACAGAUAAAAAGUAAACCAAUCAAUCCAUCUAGUAAUGUUGAUUACAUUAUCACGGCUUACUCUUUGGUUCAAUGCAAAAAUAGUUUGUGAGCAUGCUCCUAUUCACAACUGGCAAAGAAUUUUCCGCAUUUUUUUACUAUAGAAUUUGACUAUUUUAGUCUAAUUUAAUGUAUUCAAUUUGGAAAUGCAUUCAUUUUAUUGUAUCAUAGGUUUUGUAGGUAAUUUUAAUAUAGUAUACUAUUAUGAUUUUAACGAAGGAAAUAUAUUUGGAAUCAAAUGCCUGUAUACAAUGUCAAAUUAAAUAUAAUUCCUACAAGUUCUUCAAAGCGAA